AAAUUUACAAAGACCAAAAAGAAAAAAACCAGAGAGCUCAUGUCAUCUAUAUCUUUCCUCCUUUGAUCGAAAUCCAGUUCUCUUCACAAAAGGACCAAAAGGUCAUUUUUCCCAGACAUAGAAUUGGAACAUAGAUUCCAGGAAUUGAAUUCUUGGGAAAAAGAAAGAAAAGGAGGAGGAAAAUGUGGGGAUUUGGGGGUAGAUAUUAUUGGGGAAGAAGUGAAAUGAGUGGGAAAACAGAGGGCAUAGUGGUGGUAUUCGCAUGGAUGUCGAGCCAGGAGAGGCAGUUGAGGAGCUACGUGCAGCUCUACUCGUCUCUGGGCUGGAAGACACUCGUCUGCCACUCUGAGUUUCUCAAUUUGUUUCUCCCUGAGAAGGCCACCACUCUAGCAGCUGACAUUCUCAAUGAACUUGUUCAGGAGCUAAAGAUUAGGCCAUGCCCUGUAGUCCUUGCUUCUUUUUCUGGUGGUCCUAAAGCUUGCAUGUACAAGGUCCUUCAGAUAAUUGAGGGAAAGUGUGAAGGACAACAAAAUCUGGACGACUUCCGACUCGUUAGAGACUGUAUAUCUGGGCAUAUAUAUGAUUCCAGUCCCGUGGAUUUUACCAGUGAUUUGGGUACAAAAUUUGUUCUUCACCCAACUGUUCUCAAAAUCUCCCAUCCACCAAGAUUGGCAUCAUGGAUUGCCCACGGCAUUGCUUCUGGUCUUGAUACCCUCUUCCUCAGCCGGUUUGAAUCACAGCGCGCCGAGUAUUGGCAGACUCUGUACGCUUCUGUUAGCAUGCAGGCCCCAUAUCUCAUUUUAUGCUCUGAAAAUGACGAUCUUGCUCCGUAUGAAGUUAUCUGCAAUUUUGCUCAACGACUACAAGAUCUUGGGGGUGACAUUAAGCUAGUGAAAUGGAGUGACUCUCCUCACGUAGGUCAUUAUCGACAUUAUCCGAUCGACUAUAAAGCUGCUUUGACCGAGCUCCUUGGUAAGGCAGCUAAAGUGUAUUCUCAAAGAAUUCGUCGACUUGAAGGAGAGAGAAUGGGCAUAGAGGGAACACAUGACGAGAUCCCUGAGCCAAUCUGCAACAUGAGGAAAGCAAUGAAGAACUCAAACCACUUUCAGGGAGUUGCUCUCGGACCAAGCGACCAUUACUUCGCCUCCAGUUCUAUGGAGUAUUACGGCAGUAGAGAUGUUGGGUCGGUGCAAGAUGAACGUAAGGAAGAUUUAAUCCACCUGCAUAGUCUACCAAGCAUUAGCGCUCAUGGUGUUCUCGGUCAAAUCCUCUUUGACGUCUGUGUUCCCCAGGAUGUCGAAGAUUGGGAUAUCAAACCAUUUACUUCCACAAGGAGGCAUACUCCGUUUAAUCCCAUCAAAUGCUUACGUCGCUCACGACUAUAAUUUCUCACUGAAAACUUGGGGCGUCUAUGAGUCUGCGUCCAAAGCACUCUGCUCGUGGACUCCACAAAGAGCCCCAGAGAGAAGCUAAAGGAAAAAAGAAAGAAAGAAAGAGUAAUUUGGUUGUGAAAUGUAUAUGAUGGGCUGUUUUGUAAUCAAUAAGAAUGUGGCAUAGUUUUGAGCUUAUGGCGUCUCUGAGACAUAAAAAUGUUGCAUCUUUGACUGCACGAGCUCAACAUAACACAGGAUUUUGAUGUAAUAAUCACUGUAUUGCGAAUAAGGUUGAAGUGUAAA